AUGGGCCUCACCGAAACCCUUUCUCCCGCUCCCGCGGAACUUUUCUGGCGCGGUGUGGCGCGCUGCUUAGAGCGUCACUUCCGGCGAGGCGCCGGAGGCGGGAGAGUGAGAAAAAAGCCGAAAGGCAGUUUUACAUUGCGGAUGUUAAAAGAGCAGCGAAAUUCUCUAACUGGCAUGAGUCUACUGCUAGGAAGCCUUUGGCAUCCUGCGUCCAGUCUGUGUUCAGCUCACAAAGACCCAGACAGUGGAGAAUGUGGAACAGCUACAGGCACGGUUACGAGCUCCCAGUGGUUCCCAGAAAACAGUUACAUUGGGCAACCCCAAGAUCAAAGUUUAAAGGAGGAAGGAAAUUAUUUGCCCCAAACUCUUGAGAAUAACACCACAGCUGAAGACAUUGAACAGUUUGUGCUGGACUACCUCAAAGAGAAGGAUGUGGCGGAGGGAAAUGUCUUGGAUUUUGACAGUGAUGAAGAGGAACAAUCAGUCCCUCCAAAAUUGGAUGAGAAUGACACCCUUCCAGAUGCGGAACCACCUCUGCCAGUACAGAUCCAGAUAGCCAAGGAUGUGAUGGAACGCUGCAUCCACUUGCUGUCAGAUAAAAACCUGAAGAUCCGCUUGAAGGUUUUAGAUGUGCUGGGUCUAUGUGUAGUUGUUCUGCAGUCACAUAAAAACCAGCUGCUGCCUUUGGUUCAUCGGGCGUGGCCCUCACUUGUGCACCGACUCACAAAUGAUGACCCCCUGGCAGUCCUCAGAGCCUUCAAGGUUUUGUGCACCCUGGGAGGCAAGUGUGGUGAUUUUCUUCGGAACCGGUUCUGCAAAGAUGUGCUACCAAAGCUGGCUGGUUCCUUAGGUACCCAGGCUCCCAUCAGUGCCAGGGCUGGACCAGUUUACUCUUACACACUAGCCUUCAAGUUGCAGCUGGCUGUCUUGCAGGGCCUGGGCCCGCUCUGUGAGAGACUGGACUUAGGUGAGGGUGACCUGAAUAAAGUGGCUGAUGCCUGCUUGAUUUACCUCAGCACCAAACAGCCCGUGAAAUUACAAGAGGCUGCCAGGAGUGUCUUCCAACAUUUGAUGAAGAUCGAUCCAGACUUCACCUGGUUCCUCCUGAACGAGCUGUACUGCCCCCUGCAGUUCACACCCCCUCACCCCAGCCUCCACCCGGUGCAGCUGCGGGGAGCCUUUGGGCAGCAGAACCCCUACACCACCAACGUGCUCUACCUGCUUCAAGAGCUGCGGUGCCCACCUGUGUGAUGGACAGGCCCUGCCUCCUGGAAGGAGCACCCCCCACAGCCAGCCAAAAGUUGGACCAGCUGUACCCCAGCAGCAGAGACGCAUAUGAAGGUGGAUUAGACAGCCAAUCAAUUGAUCGAUCACACAACUGCUUGGAAAUUGGAUUGAAGGAGAGUAGCUAUUAUUUAUAUUUCAUUCCUCCAGUUUUCAAAUGACAUUGUCUCAGGGCUCUAAGGGCUUAACCCCUUAGCAUGCCAUCUCUACAGCCCUUCCUGCCUUACAGGUUACACACACACACACACACACACACACCCCUGAUGAUCAGGGCUGAAUGGAGCCAGCCUGAGUGCUGGAUGUGUCCCGGCCUUGUUUAAGUGUCACACAUCCAAGAAUUUUAAGAAUAUAACGCAGCCAUCACAGAUCCAUAGGAGGGUCCCUCUCCAUCCAUGCAUUGAUCCCCUCCAAUAAUGAGGAGCUGAUUUGUCGUACUUGACCUGUUCUUUGGAAAAAUGAAGUAAAGACACUCCUUGGAUGAAAGGUGU